UUAACUAUGGCUUGAUGAUGGCUCACCGCACCCACUAGAAGCUGGAGGCUACCUGAGCAGCUGGAGCAUCCCUGUAUUGUUACCCCACCGAGCCAGCCUCAGUGGACAAUAAGUCGCAGAGCCACAGCCUCAUGUUUACAGUCUGAGCAGACAUGGGAUUCGGGUGGGGAGAGACUUCUCGUCCAUCGCUGAGUUAGCUGACUGGAAGCUUUUUUUUAAUUUAUUUUUUUCAUGUUAUUUGUUUUUAAUUCAACACUACAUCCAGCACCAUGGCUAAGCAGUACGAUGUGCUCUUCCGACUCCUGCUUCUCGGAGAUUCUGGGGUUGGGAAAACAUGUUUGCUCUGCAGAUUCACGGACAACGAAUUUCACCCGUCUCACAUCUCCACUAUCGGAGUCGACUUCAAAAUGAAAACAUUACUAAUAGAUGGUAUCAAAGUUCGGAUACAGAUAUGGGACACUGCGGGCCAAGAAAGAUACCAAACCAUCACUAAGCAGUACUACAGACGAGCACAGGGAAUCUUCCUGGUGUACGAUAUCACGAGUGAGCGAUCCUUCCAGCACAUCAUGAAGUGGGCCAGUGAUGUGGAUGAGUACGCCCCUGACAAGGUGCAGAAGAUCCUCGUAGGGAACAAGUCAGAUGAGGUGGACAAGAGGCAGGUGGCCACCGAGCAAGGACUCAAGCUGGCCAAGGCUUAUGGAAUGGACUUCUUUGAGACAAGUGCCUUCACGAACCAUAAUAUAACAGAGACUUUCACCCGAUUGGCUGAACAGGUGCUGGCCGCCAAUAAAAAGGACCUGGAUCUCCUCCGGAUGACUAUGAACGACGAGAUUAAUCUUGCUGCUCUGGAGGAAGAGGAAGGACUCUGUGACGGCGCGGCGGGCGACCAGGGCAAAGCCUGCUGGUGUUAAAGAAAAGAGUUUAGGUUAAUUACUUGUUAUCACCAGACUCUGUGCGCACACACACACACACUGGGCAAACUUUGUCUCCUUUUUGUCAUUCUCAGAAAUAAAAAAGGGAAACAUUUUUUCUGCAAUAUUGAAGCCAGCUCUGUCCUUCUGUCUUUCAUGUAUCAAGGUGAAACUGCCUUUAUGUAUACGCUGUUUGAAAGCAGUUUGAAGGACAAAGAUGGAGACAUCUUGCCACAAAGUUUAUAAAGUGUACAGUGAAGUUACAAUCUGAUUGUGAAGGUUUAUCUCAGAGGGACAGAGCUUUCAUUGUCUGAGUGUGUUUUUUUUUUUUUUGUGAAACAAGAUGCAAACUAUCCAUUUGAAAAUCAGAAACCGACAUACAGUUUGAAAAGGAGAGCUGGAAUAUAAGACUUUCCCAUCUUUUCUUACAGACUUUGUACUGUUUCCUGACAUCGAACAUAAGGAAUGAAAUAGAGAUGUGCAACACUGACCUGAGACUUUUCAAAAUGUUGUGUUUCACAAUUGUGUUCAGAGUGAUCAUCGGGCUGAGUGCCUUGAAAAUCAAAAAUAUAUCUGAUAACAUUUGGCCUUCAAUCGCCCCUUUUGUGAUUUCCUUUCUGUGGGCAGGGAGCACUGCUGCACAUACAGCAAUUGUCAUUAAAUGCAGUAGAUGUGUAGUAAGAUUUUGACCACAAGAGGGUGCUAUAUGCAUUGCAAAAGCGGCACAAACAAUGCUACUUCACUGUACAUGUUUUGUUUAUUUUUUAUUUUUUUGCACCUGCAGUUGCGACUUUAAAUAUGAAAAAAAUGA